AUCACCACCCGGUCUGAUAAUGGUCCUACUCGAGAUGCCAACAACCCAGUGGACAACCGUCAUGCUCCACCUGGGCAGAGGACGGUGGGGGACAAGAUGAAGACGAACCAGGAAAACGAUGAAGAGGAUUCGAACGACACCAACUAUGAAUAGGUGCUUGUUUAUACAUAACACCCAAGGACAAGCUCAGACAAAGCUCAGCUCACAACGUAUUGUAACAUAUAUCUCUCUCCUCUGUCUCUCAGUUCAACAGCUAUGCUGGCAGUCUGUCUCCAGUGGGCCCUAUGAGAAAGACGACGAGGACGCUACUCUGGACGAGGAUGGAUGAACGAUGUAAGGAGAGGAGGUGAGAGAAGACAGACGUGUUCAUUAGUGUCUAGUUUUGUGUGUGUUGUUGCUCCUGAGGGCUGUGCGUGUGUGUUACUACUGCUCUGUUGUGUUAACCCUGCCUGUCCUGUGUGGACCCCAGGGAGCUGAGGGAGAAGGAUGAGAUGAAGAAGUACCGUAUGGAGCACCCCAAGGUCCAGCAGCAGUUCUCUGACCUCAAGGUUGGUCACUGUGUUUCCAUGGCCACAGAGUCAACUCUCCUCUACUCUCUCCGAGCAGUCCUAACUUUAAAUCUGCCAAAAACACAUUUUCCAUCUCUUAAUGGACUUCUCUCUCUCUCUCUCUCUCAAUUCAAUUCAAUUCAAUUCAAUAGACUUUAUUGACAUGGCAAGUAAAAUUACUUACAUUGUCAAAGUAUACAUAUAACAAAAAUGGUGGGACCAACAGCAAUAAUAAUAGUAGUAGUGGAAAUGGGACUACCAUUAACAGCAACUACAACAACAAUAUUAAUGAGAAUAACAAUACAUUAAAGCAAUAGUAGUCGACCAAUCUCAACAUGACUGAGAAGACACAUUACCUGCUAUGAAAGCCAAAACAAAACAGGAAAUAUUAUUGACAUUACAUUACACUUUUCACUGGCUGUCCCUCAGGUUGUGGCAGGAGGACACAUAUUUGGCUGCCAAAAUUGCACAUUUUGGCUUUUCACCCAAUGAAUAUUUGAUUUUUUCUUCCUCUUUUAUAGUUUCAAAUUCUUUGUACUGAAUGAUAAUUUUGGGAAAGAAAGAUUCUCUUAGGUCUGAGUAUUUGUCACAGUGUAGUAGGAAAUGCAGCUCUGUCUCUACCUCUCCCCGGGGGCAGAGUGAGCACAGCCUGUACUCUCUGGGCAGCCAGGUUUGCCUGUGACGACCGGUCUCUAUAGCUAGACUGUGCUCACUGAGUCUGUACCUAGUCAGUGUUUUUCUCAGUUUUCUAUCAGUCACAGUGGUCAGAUAGUCUGCCACCAUGUACUGUCUGUUUAGAGCCAAAUAGCAUUGAAGUUUACUUUGAUUUUUUGUGGUGUCUUUCCAACAGGUGAUAUAUUUUUCUUUUUGCUUUGUGAUGAUUUGGUUGGGCCAUAUUUUCUGAGUGCUGUGCUGAGGCUCUAUGAGGUUGGUUUUGGUUAGUGAACUGAGCCUCAGAACCAGCUGGCUGAGGGGACUCUUCUCUUGUUUCAUCUCUUGACAUAGUAGAGCUGUGUGAUGGAAUGUUUUGGGGUCACUUGUUUUUAGAUGGUUGUAAAAUUUGAUGGCUCUUUUUUCUAUUCGAAUAAGGAGGGGGUAUUGGCCCAAUUCUGCUCUACAUGCGUUAUUUGGAGUUUUUCUUUGCACUUGCAAUACAGUCUUGCAAAACUCUGCAUGCAGUAUUUCGAUUGGAUGUUUGUCCCAUUUGGUAUAUUCAGUAUUAGAGAGCGGACCCCAUACUUCGCUGCCAUAGAGAGCAAUUGGUUCUAUAACUGAUUGGAACAUUUUGAGCCAGAUUCUAAUUGGAAUUUCGAUUUUAAUAUUCCUUUUAAUGGCAUAGAAUGCUCUUCUUGCUUUGUCUCUCAGCUCAUUCACAGCCAUGUGAAAGCUACCUGUGUUGCUGAUAUUUAGUCCUAGAUAUGUGUAAUUUUUGGUGUGUUCUAAUAGAACUGUGUCCAAAUAGAAUUUAUAUUUGUCAUCCUGAUUUCCGGACCUUUUUUGGAAUAUCAUUAUAUUAGUUUUUUUUAGAUUAACGGUCAGGGCCCAGGUCUGACAGAAUCUGUGCAGAUGAUCUAGAUGCUGCUGUAACCCCUCCUUAGUAGGAGACAGUAGCACCAGGUCAUCUGCGUACAGCAGACACUUGAUUUCAGUGUUGUGUAGGGUGAGACAAGGUGCUGCCGAUUCUUCUAAUGUUUUUGCCAAUUCGUUAAUGUAGAUGUUAAAUAGUGUUGGACUUAUUGGGCAGCCCUGUUUCACUCCACGUCCCUGAGAGAAGAAGUCUGUUUGCUUGUUGCCGAUUUUAAUCGCACAUUUGUUUUUAGUGUACAUUGAUUUAAUAACAUCAUAUGUUUCUCUCUCUCUCUCUCUCUCUCUCUCUCUCUCUCUCUCUCUCUCUCUCACACCCUCUCUCUCUCUCUCUCUCUCUCUCUCUCUCUCUCUCUCUCUCUCUCUCUCUCUCUCUCUCUCUCUCUCUCUCUCUCUCUCUCUCUCUCACACUGUAGAGGAAGCUGUCAGGAAUGUCAAAGGAGGAGUGGCUAAGUAUCCCAGAGGUUGGCGAUGCCAGGAACAAGCUCCAGAGGAACCCUCGCGAUGAGAAACUCACCCCUAUACCAGACAGCUUCUUCUCCAAACACCUGACCACAGGAGUCAAGCACACCACCGUGGACCCACUGCAGGGGGUUAGUACACACACAUACACACACAUAAACACACACACACACACACACAAACACAUUGGGUUUGGGCAAGAUGGCCAAAAUAUCAUAUCACAAUAUUUUUCUCAUUUUUGACAGCAUGGUGGUAUUUUACGGUGUUUAAAUGUUCUGAAUAUUACAAGUUGAGUUAUGAAUGAAUACAGUUUUUCAUGAUUGCUAAGACACUUUUAAUGAAACUGGGCGUCCACUUGAUCUCCAUCAUAACCUAAUGAGUGUAACAGUAUUAUAUAUUUUGCAAAACUGUAUUUAAUUUCUCGUUGCCUUCAUACACAAAUGUUAAGCACAUUUUUGCAAAACAGUAAACACAACUCUCUACAAAAGACGCAAAACUCAGUUAAGUAAAUCAUGACGAACAAAAUAAAAACAUUUGGUCACAGCUGAUACAAAUUACUCUCAUGAAUGUGAACAUCUUCUGCACGUGUGCCAAACUUCUUUGCACAAUUGUUCAAGCAGCAAUCAGUCCUUAUUCAUGCAUAAAAGAGGUCACCUCUGAGUUGCUGUUUGCAAGAAUGGACCAAGUAAGAGGCAGAGGGCAAGGACAAGGACAAAGGAGAGGUAGAGGGGCCCAUAGAGGAAGUUCAGCUCUCAGUUACAAUGGAAAAAGAUACAAUUAGCCUUUGGUUUCUGGAUAUUCAGGCUCUUGAGUGACAUUCUUUCUUCAUUAGUCAUCUUUGGUAAAAAAAAGAAUACAGCCCAUUCUGUGAUAAUGUGUUUACUUGCCUUUUAUAGUGCAUACUAUAAUUAUAGUAUCAACAAAUGGCACAGACAUAUAAAAGAGGGUUAACCAUGGUAGGGUAUAUUGAUAGUUGGAGUUAGUAUUUAUUGGGCCAUUGUGCAACGAUUGAUUGAAAUAACUUUUCAUUAGAUAACAAGUUGUAUGUUUUGAUGGAGGUAGUUGAUUUUGUGUCAUGUAUUUCAUGUUUUGAGAGUCUUAAUGCGUUUUGCAAAUGAAUUGUGUCAUUUUGGCCGACGUGGUUCAGUUUGGGGCUGUGUGUUAAUUGUUUAGAAAAAGUUAAUUCUGUUUGGACAAAUGUGCUCAAGCAAUCAAGAAACUGUAAUGGUCUUUCUCCAAUCUGAUGGUAUUAUACUCAACCAAACUACGACAAAACUGACAGUGAAGUGGUCCAAUUUGUAGAACUUUCCAUUUAUCAAAAUACCUUUAUAGAUUGUAUUGUAAAAACCAUACGGGUAUGUGGGCCCAUACCGGUAUAUCGGUAUUCACGAUAUAUCGCCCAGCCCUAACACAAAUACUCUCUGUCUCUCUCACACAGUUUUGUCACAUGUUGCAGUUUCAUUAUGUGCCAGUAGGAGCCAGCUUCUACCACUGAAACAUUCUCCAUAUCCUCCCCAUGCCAAAAAGUCAAGCCUAUUGUUUUUUAUCCAUCCACAUAUUUCUUUCUUACAGUUGAACCUCCCAGGUGGUCUGGAAAGCCCAUACCCCGGGGGCAUGACCCCUAGCCUGAUGACCCCUGGGACAGGAGAGCUGGACAUGAGGAAGAUUGGCCAGGAACACACUGAUGGACAUGAGGUUCAGCCAGGUAACACACCACUUAGGCCUACUGACUUAAAAUAUUGUGUCUAGUUUGACUGUUAUGCACCAACCUAAAUGCUAUGGAAGGGACUGGUCAGAUGCUAUCAAAUGCUAUCAGAUGGUAUCAAAAGUUUCCAGUAAGCAUGUUAUGCCAGUACCACUUUUCCUGGUAUGUGCUGAUCUCCUCUCCUCCAUCUCUCCCCUCUCAGGUGUCUGACUCAGUGAGUGGACAGACGGUGGUGGAUCCUAAAGGUUACCUCACUGACCUCAACUCUAUGAUCCCCACACGGAGGAGACAUCAGGUGAGUAGCCCCAGGGCUGGCCUGACUACCCUGCAUUAGAUUAUCAGUCUAGGCCUCUCUGUCUGUAACCUGCACAGUACUUAUGAUAUACUGUACCUCAAAUUGCUUUACCUCAUUGGUGAUGACGAUUGAUUGAUAUGACUGCUAGGCUCCAGAUUCAAGUAGAAUUUGGCAUCAAAACCGUCCACUAGAGGCAAAAAUAAAUGUUCCUUACAUUUUACCCCCAUGUGGGCAAGCCCCUUAGCAAUUUGAGUUUCAGCCAAUUAGCUUCAGCCCCUCGCCAUUUGAGUGACUGCUAGCUAGAUGCAGACACAGCAGAGCGAGAGAUCAAUGACGUGAUGCACAUAUAUGCACAAAAUAUGCAAUUUUCAGGGACCACUUUUGGCUCGUGAGCACUACUUUCAGAAGUACUGGCUAAAAAGUAUACAAAUGUACCAGAUAAUCUCUUAACCCUUAACAUAACCCAGUCUGAAUAAAUGCUUUACAACCGUAGAGUUGUUUCUGUGUGCCUAAAACUUCUGGAGCUCAUGAGGGAGCUGUGUGCCUAAAUACAGGACGUCGCCAUUAGGGUCAACAGUGUAUUGUAUGCUUGGGUUUUGCUAGGGCAUUGUGGAUGGGGAUGGCUGAUGGGCGUAAGCCAUGAGCUCCGGCUCCGAGGAUUUGUGUGUUCAAUCCCAGUAAUAGGCACUUGUUUUUGCAACUUCUAAAUUUGACGUUUGGAGAAAGGUGGAAAAACGUCUAAUUCUGCAGUGAGACUGAGAGCUUAUUGUCUGCUAUUGAGCUUGGACUAUUGAUAGAAGGAAAGGAAGACUGAGAGAAGAGGGAAAUAAAUAGUUAAACAGACCAACGCUCCAGUUCAAUUCGUUUCUUAUCCCAAAUGACACUUCUAGUUAUGACACACCCCUAUUUACACCCCGUCAUGGUGUCAGUGGCUUGGGAGCCCUGCUCCAUUACACAAGAACGCACACACACAAACAGUGGUGUUCCCAGCAGCAUACCUCUGUGACAGAGAUGGAUGUUGUGCUUCCUAUGAAAGUGUUAGCAGCCUACAUGUCUGGGCUGCCCUCUGUCUGUAUUUCACCAGAGAAAGAAAAAAGCCUUCUGUGUUUCUCCAUCACGGUGUGCCUCUCCAGACUAUGAGGCAAUGUGUUGAUAUUAGCAUGAUAAUUGCCAUAAUUACAUUAUGAAAUCAAGUGUUUUUGCAGUGAUGUGAGUCAAGUCAAGCACAGGGCUGCAGAGCUGAAUCAAACACUGGCUUGAUCAUGGUACACAGUGUGUGUGUGUAACCCCAUCUCUAUAUCUGUCCAACAGCUCUGGAGAAUGUAUCUAAGUCUGUGCGUCUGUGGAAGACUGCUGUAGAGCUGGAGGAGCCAGAGGAUGCCAGGAUCAUGCUGAGCAGAUCUGUGGAGUGCUGUCCAACCAACGUGGAGGUACACACACCCACAGUUAUAUUGUGUAGUAUUCUCAUGAAGACCCAGUCUCAUACAAUUCUGUCUUCCCUCACCAUCCUGCCCCCUCUUCCCCCUCCCUCUAUCCCUGUG